UUUCGAAUCCAAACAGACCGUGCGUAACAGCUUAGACCGAAAACACACUUACUCGUGCUCUGCAAUGGAUAUCUAAAUACUGAGCUGCAUGUAUGUGUAGGAUACAUUUAAAAACAAGCCACUUUUGAUGAGGAACGUGCCACAUACUUCCUAGAGUUUUUAAAUAUCCAUGCGGACCAGCAAGUGAAAAUUAGUUACAACUGAUUUCCCAGGAGGUCCAUCUGGAUGCCGUCAUGUCCGUUAUCUGCCAGACGUUCGUUCAGAACACGUGGCGCUCUGACCUCUGCUCUAACUGCUUCAAGUGCCAGGCCGAGCACUCCGGGGGCAGGGGCGACAGAAUAACGUCCACCCACAGAUAUAUGCCCCAGGCGACUGCUCUCUACCAGAGCCGUGGGAUAUCGUCUACUCUGAAAUGGCGUCUGAGCGAUCCCAUCUACGAGAGGGUGGCCCGCAGAGAUUUCGGAUCCCAGACUCCACCGAAGCAGCAAGUUCGAAUAGAAUCGGACCCUCCUCCGAAUCGGGGGAUUCUCAUCAAGACAGCCGACAAGAAGCAACGAAACCGACCUAGUGUUGACUUCGCUUCAGAAGAGGCCAUGGUUAUUGGCUAUGGUGGUAACGACUACGACUCUGAUCAGUCGCCCUGGGAAAUGGGUUCAGAUGAUGAAUCGGUCGAUCUUGAUUUACUAGACGAUACGGAUGAAGACAGGAAGAUAACCCGCAUCACACGUAACAAUACUGAAUUCAAUGCCUCAAAAAAACUACUGGAAAGUAACAACACAGCUCAUAAUACAAAGAACAACAACAAUAGUUCUUCAACGCUUCAGUCCAACAACAACAGGAACAACAGCUCAUCUAAAACGUCCAGCAAUAACAAAAACAAUGAAAAUCUGUCCAACAGCAAGAACAACAGCAGUCCGUGCAAGCCAACAGAUAAAACACUCAGUAAUCUCACCUAUAAUGACAUACAACAAGAUAAAAAAUUGAAUCAGUACUAUUUCUCUUCGAUGGAACCUCUCAAAUCGUAUCUUCAUGGCUCCAAUGUUACAAAAACUCACCAUGAUCAUCUAUCAGAUAACAAUAAUUCUGGAAAUGAUGGUUGCAGGAAAUUGCUCAACGAUAGCUUCAGUCCCUUGAAUACCAGAACCUAUUCGUUUGUAUCAGAAGUCAGCAAGCAUAGCAAUAUUCUGAGUUCAGAACACAGUUCAGAUUCGGAUUAUUCCACAUGCAGGCUCACGGCUGGAGAUUCCACAGACUCUGAAUCGUUCCAUGAUACUGAAGAGUCCCGAAUUCUGCCCUGCUCUUCUUUCCUCCAUGGCAACUAUCCUCGACCUGACCUGAGUAGUCUCGAGAGUGACAAGAAGUACGAUGGUGGUUCUUCCACAUCAGGUGAUGUUUCCAAUCUCUCAGAUGACUCCGAUGCCGUGGACUUGCAAGAAAGAACCCCCUACAGAAUGAGAAAUGUUCGGAUAGUCACUAAAAUGUCUUCAGGAGAUGUCAAAGUAUCUGGUAAAAACUCUUCAACAAACUCUCCUACAGAUACUAAGGGAUCCGGAAGGAAUUCCUUGUGCGAAACGAAUGGCUCUGGUAAAAGUUCACCCAUUGAAAUAAGCAAAUCUGGUAGAAAUUCUUUUGGCGAUGCUCAGGUAACUGUUAAAAGCUCACCCACAGGUAUAAAUGCAUCAGAUAGAAACUCUUUUGGAGAUGCCCUGGUAAUUGUUAAAAAUUCUUAUCCAGAUAUAAACGUAUCUGUUGGAAAUUCUUCUGGGAAUAUCAUGGCAAGUGGCGAAGUUUCUCCUACAGAUAAACAGAAGACAGAUAAAUAUAGCCCAAAAGAAAUGAAGAAACUUAACAAAACAUGUUCUGAGGACAUCAAGGAAUCAGAAAAAGACACUUCUGUUGAUGCCAAAAUACAAAGUACAAUUUCUUCUGGAGGAGACAUAGCACCAAUUAGUAGCCCCCACACUACAGUUGAAAAGAAAGUUGCAAAUAUUCAGCGUAAUGAUCAGGUUAUUAGAGAAAAUAAAGAAACAGAAAAGGUUACCAUGUCUCAAAACAUUAAUACUCCAGUGAACCAAUCGAACACAAUAGAGAAAAGAUCAAUAAAUUCCAAUGACAGCAACAAACUUUCAGAGCUUGAACAUACCUCUAAACUUCUGAAUGCUUCGACUGACUCUGUGAAUACAUCAAGAUCUAAAAAUUUUGCCAUUGAAUCAAUUCCAACUCCUAAUCCUCCCGUAGAUGUUAACUUAGGGAACAUCAUUGCAGUUAAUGCAUCAUCUUCCAAGCAACAAGUGCUAUCGGGACCUCAUCGAAUGACUGAAAACAAACCCCCGCCUCCUGUGAGGUCAUCAGAAACUAGUGGUAGUCAACAGCAGCUUCAAAUUUCUGUGAUGCCUUCUAAAAUUAAUACAGAUCAAAUGCUGUGUCAAUCUGAUAUCAAAGCUACUCCAACAACUAAUGAUGAGCAGCAACAACAACAUAGUCCAAAAUCUUCCAUAAAAUCGGACACACUAGAAAACUAUUCUCAGGAUAUUCAAAACAUUAAUAGGGAUGGCUCUGAUGAUGAGGCCAUCAACAAUAGACAGUCCAAAUUGGCUGCCUUGGCUCUCGAACUAGAGCUAGCCAGGAGAGAUUCGGCUAUGAGAUCCGCCAACAUUUCUCGUUCGGAAGUGAAGACUAAGCCCAUUAAUACCUCAGAGGAGAACUAUCCAAUCAUUAAGAAAUCGGCAACUUCAGCUUUGUCGAGGCUUGUACCGAACACCGUACCAGAUGUUCUAGUUCAGGAGGAUACGCCUACCAAGACCAAGAAAAACAGAUUUUCCCUCAAAAAGCUUCUAAAAAGGAACAAGGAAAGCGGGUCCUUUGCCCCUACCGGCAAAGAGGUAAAUCCAAAAGCUUGGAAAAAGCAAUCAUUCGAUAGGAAUCGCCUCAGCCUGGAGAUUGUCCAUCCGAUGGAUCUCGCUAACGAUCCGAUGACCAGUGGAGACAGCACACCAACAGAAGAAGGCCACUACAUGGUGUCCAGCCAUCCAGGACGGGGAAACUACAACAGGGCUAGAAGUUUGUCGGCAUUGCCUCAGUUAACUGGAGAUAUGCAAGAUGAGGAUACUAAUUGCUCACUUUUGGACUGUCGUAAAGUGGAUACUCUGCCCACAAGAAAAGCAGGGACAGUUGCAGAGCGAAAGAAAAAUAGGCCUUCACUGGUCAGGACGCCGUCCUGUUCCGCUCUUCCAAAUCGUCCGACAGUAACGAAAGACCCACCUCCCAAACCUCCCCCUCCACCUAAAGCGAAGGUCAUGCACCCUCCACCGCCACCACCACCUCCACACGCACCAAGAAUAUCGAAGCCUUUCUCAUCUCCCGCCAGACCUCCCCCUCCCAAGAUUCCCGAAUCCCGAUCCCGUUCUGGCGAUUCUCCAAAGUCAGAAGCCCGCGAUCACUCCUCAGCAGACAAGGAAUAUGCGAAUCUGGGUGACAUCCGUUCCCUGAUAACCCCCAAAAAGCCGCAGCGCCCCUCCGCUCUCUCUGGGUCCAGAGGUGAGAUCGAGGACAAGAAAAUGGAGGACAUCUACGAGACGCUCAAGGAGGAGGACCACUACACCUACCUGGACGAGGUGAAGACGGAGCCGGCGUCUGUGAAGAGUGCCCGUCCCUGGUUGGAUCUGCAGACCAGCUACGUGGCCAUCGCUGCUGCCAACUACGAGUCCCUCGCCGAGAUCAUCUCUUCGUCCAUGAAUAGUGGAAUGGAAUUGUUCCAGAAUGGCGGAAAAAGCCUUAAGUGGAAAGAUUUCUCUGUCGAAUCUGAUGCUCCUUUGUUUGUGCUACCUGACAAAAAUAUUUACAACGCCAUCUAUCGGCCACAAGAGAAAGAUGUCAUGCUUUUGGUGACGCCCAGGAAGCAGAGCACCCCUCAGAAUGCCCGGAAUCUCAACAGAUAUCCAGUCCUAGCAAGCUUUACUGAUAACCUACCCAAAUCCCAAAUCUCGGAGCCUCCCAGCCCUUACAUGGAAUGGGCUUCCGUUUACGUCCUACAACGUUGCACGGUCACCACAGUCGAACAUUUCGCAGAAAACACAGCCCUUCAGAGGGGAAAUCAGCACGUGCAUCUGCGCAACUAUUGCUUCGUUCUACUUCAGCUCAUCCACAGUCUAAAAAGCCUGCAAGCCGAGGGCAUCGAAGAGGUCAGCUGCGACCUCAGUCGUCUCAUCGUGGUGGAUAGCCAAGAAGACAAACCGCCAGUUUUCGUUCUCUUCCCAGAAGACAAAGCUCACAUGACCCUCUGCGAUAACAGGAAAACUCUCUGCCAGGCAGUUUUGUCCGCACUGUACCAUUUCCUAAGAAUCAAUCAGGUGGGUGAUCUUGACUCUUGCGAGGUGAAUGGCGAAAGACUGGCUGAACCAGUGGCUCACACCUUCAAAGUCAUCGCCGAGGUUCUCAUCGAGGAAAAAGCUUCUUCUCUGUCACAAGCUAAAGGAUUCCUGGAAUACAUGCUGUGGGGUCCGGUAGAUGUCAAAGUCCCAGAUAGCCAAACAGAUUUGGACACUGUACUGCAGAGAUGGUUGGACUUGCAACGGGCACAGAUGGUCAAAUCCACCAUCUCUCAAUUGCAUAAUACUCAUCUCCAUGUUUAUGAAGAAUAUCAGCUGGUAUUCCUGCUGCAAGCUUCUGUGAAAAGUUUAAACAGCGUGAUAUCAAAGUUAUAAAAGAAAGAAAUACUGAAAGUUCGAAACAUCUCGAUAAAAUAUCGUUUAAACAUAUUGUUUAACAUGUUCACAUCGUACAUAUUUUGAGCAAUUCAAGAUCUUGACAAGUAUUUGAAAGGAGAUGAAAUAAUUUAAAAAUGGUUUUGUUCUCAUUGACAGAAUGGUUAGCUUUUGCUACCACUAACUAUCUCAUUUUUCAUCAAUUAUAUACUUUUUACCUCUUAUCAUUUAACCUUAUCUUCCUUUUCAAUCCUUAACGUUUAUAAAAAGUGGUCAUUUUUCUGUUUUGACCAUUUCGUGAUUGUUCGCUGCAAAACAUUUAAAUCUUACAAUUACAUUUUCCAUUACUCAUUAAUUAAAUCGCCAUGAGGGAGGAAAUCCUUUGGCAUUAUCUCCUUUUGGUAGCAUCACCAUUUCAUCCUCUUUCUUUUUCUGUAACAUUGUAUUUUUAUUUUUGAAAUGAUUUUUCCAUCUUGGCCUACGAUACAAAUCGCCAAGAUCUUCCUAACUAUACUUCUUUCUUUCACAUUCUGCUCUUUCCUGAUUCUGUCUUAUUUUAUCCUAUUGCCAUUGCCAUCAUCAUCAUUUCAUAAAAAAAGUAAAUCAAGUCAAGAAUACAAAUCGGUUUAUAAAAGGAGAAAAAUAUAUAGCUGAUGGCUACGGCAAAGAACAGAAAUGUCAAGUUGGCAUCAUUCAAGAAUGAUCUGUAACGAUAUAAAACGUAUGCAUCAGAUCUGACACUAAAUGGAAUAGAAUAACGUUAAUAAUUUGGAAGGCAAGAAGUCGUGCACUUCGACAAUCUGAAACGAAUUACUUCCAAAAGGUGUUUGAUACCCUCAUACAGUAGAUCUACGGAUGCGAAAUGCUGUGUCCACUACCAUUUUGUAACUAUCCAAAAUUUGAGAUGGUGAGGAUUACUCUGUGUGGAAUCUACUUUCGCGCUGGUGCGAAAGAUUUAUUUGCAUACGGACAUUUUGAUGUAUGUAAAAUGAAUGUUAUAAAUAACAUGUUGGGAAAAUAUAAAUAUAAUUUUAA